AUGCCGUGGCAGCAACACUCAUCAAAUGAAUCGAAGGCCUUGAUGCCGUCUAGCAACACCUCACUAUCAAGGAGUGAGUCGACAACAAUAAACACUGGUACACAAUCCGAGAAAACGACAGAAGAGGACGAAGAAAACCCUUUUUCGCAAUACUAUGGAAUGCUGCUCCAUCAGCAGAACAUGCUACAAGAUCAUGUACGCACAGGAACGUACGAGCGCGCUAUGCUCUGCAACCCAACAGACUUUCGAGACAAGGUGGUAUUAGACGUUGGUACAGGUUCGGGAAUUCUGGCAUUUUUUGCUAUCAAGGCCGGUGCCCGUAAAGUGUACGCAGUAGAACUAAGUGCUAUGGCCGAAUGUGCUCGUGAACUUGUGGCUGCCAACGGACUACACGACCGUAUUACAGUUAUCAAGGGCAAGAUGGAAGAAGUACAGCUGCCAGAACCUGUCGAUAUUGUGGUAUCGGAACCUAUGGGAUUUUUCCUAGUCCACGAACGCAUGUUGGAGACGUUUGUCUCGGCGGGCAAGAGAUGGCGGAGCCCAUCUCCCAGCUUCAAGAUGUUCCCGUCCAUUGGAACCAUGUUCAUGUCACCUUUUUCAGAUGACACUAUCUACCGAGAGCAGAUGGCCAAAGUGGCAUUCUGGCAACAAAAGGACUUCUACGGUGUUAAUCUGUCAAGUCUUCGGGGUCGGGCGGUGGCCAACCAUUUCUCGCAACCUGUCGUUGGAUAUUUUUCACCAAACAUACUACUUAGCUCACGAUAUGCUGAGCAUGUUAUAGAUUUCGCCGAAGUUACCAAGGAGCAACUUGACACGUUUGAUUUUCCAUUUCACUUUGUUGUCGAACGCACUGCAAUCAUGCACGGUCUCGGCUGCUGGUUCACGGUCGAUUUCUUAGGAUCAGAUGCGCGAGUCGUACUCAGUACAUCACCUCAUGAUGCAGGAACUCAUUGGUAUCAGUGUCGUCUGUUACUCUCCACUCCAAUCGCAGUCAAUGCGUCGCAGAAAAUCAGUGGCAACCUUCACUUUGUGGCCAACAAAAAAUUUAGCUAUAACAUUGACCUUGAAGUUCGUCUUGACGAGACUUCAAUUGUAUCACGAAAUCAUAUUCGACUGCACGAUCAGAUGUAUCAGUAUUUGUACUCAUCACAAGCUGCUUCAGCAGCGAUAGGCGGCAUCAAAGAUAAGGAUUGGCAACUUUUUGAGUAUGCAAUAUAA